CUAAGUUUUUCUUUUGGAUGGAUCUCCCUAUUGCAGACCACAAUCUGAUUUUGAAAGCUUUCUAAAUAUUGGGGUGUGGUUCAAGAAGCACUGCGGAUGAAUAAACUACUUCGGCCGGUCCUUCCCUUGACCCUCGACACUCGCCCAGCGGAGAUGCUUUGUGUACCGAGUUGCCCUUCCGGAGGACACUGACCACUGAGCAGUCCCAAAGGCACUUGAACACUAAAGCAACCAAUCAAUGUUGGUUUCUUCACCAUUAUAUGGCCUUUAAUAUAUUACUACGGGUAAAUUAAACUCGUUCUCUCUAUCAAAUGUACAGACUUAUUUUUCCCUUGAGCAUAUUACAAGUUUGGUGAAUUUGUUAAUUGUAAUCAGCCAUUUUUUCAUGAUAAUAAUAAUGAUGAUGAUGAGCUAGAAUGCCAUCAUUGGAACUCAUGAAAAAAUUUCUCAAUUCCCUUAGACAAAAACACACAAAGCCUGGCUACCAUUUCUUGGUCUAUCUCCUCCUCCUAGCCCUCCCCUUCUUAGGGACACUCACUUCCCACUGCUCUGCCCUUAACUUGCAGGACAUGGUCCUAAACCUCAAACAUGUCAUCGCAUCCUCGUGCCUUGCCCUUCUCUUGGGCAUGCUCUACUUCUUGAGCAGGCCAAGGGACGUUUUCUUGAUGGACUUUGCAUGCUACAAGCCACCCCCUGCACUGAUGUGCCCUACGGAGAGGUACCUCGAGAGGUCAAGACAGGCCAACAUUUUCACAGAGGAGAAUCUGGUGUUCCAGAAGAAGAUCCUGGAGAGGUCUGGGCUGGGGCAGAAGACCUAUUUCCCAGAGUCCAUUCUGAGCGUCCCCUCAACGGCGUGUUUGGAUGUGGCCAAAAAGGAGGCUGCGGUGGUGAUUUUUGGGUGCGUUGAUGAGCUGCUUGGGAAGACAGGGGUGGGGGGUGAGGAGAUUGGGAUUGUCAUUGUUAACUGCAGUUUGUUUAACUCAACCCCGUCGUUCUCCGCCAUGCUGGUUAACCACUACAAGCUCAAGAGCAGUGUGAAGAGCUUCAAUCUUGGUGGCAUGGGUUGCAGUGCAGGCCUCAUCUCUAUUGACCUUGCCAAACAUCUCCUUCAGGCGACACCGAACACGUGCGCACUAGUAGUCAGCUUAGAGGUUCAGACACUCAACUGCUACUUGGGCAACGACCGCGCCAUGCUCAUGUCCAACUGCAUUUUCCGUCACGGCGGCGCCGCCGUGCUCCUCUCCAACCGCCCCUCCGACCUCUGCCGAUCCAAGUACCAGCUCCUCCGCACCGUUCGGUCAAACAAGGGCGCCGACGACAACAGCUACUCCUGUGUCUUUCUGAGAGAGGACGACAAAGGUGUCGUUGGUGUCGCUCUUUCCAAAGACCUCAUGGGGGUGGCGGGCGAGGCCCUGAAGGUGAACAUCACCACCCUGGGCCCACUCGUCCUCCCCAUCUCAGAGCAGGUGAUGUUCUUCCUCACACUUGUCGCGAGGAAGAUUUUCACCUCCUUUGGGGUCAAGAUAAAGUCUUACAUUCCGGAUUUCAAGAAGGCAUUCGAGCACUUCUGUAUACACGCGGGAGGGAAAGCAGUGCUCGACGCGAUUGAGAAGAAUCUAGAACUUGGGGAGUGGCAAAUGGAACCUUCUAGAAUGACGCUUUACAGAUUCGGGAACACGUCGAGCAGUUCGUUGUGGUACGAACUCGGUUACACAGAGGGGAAAGGGAGGAUCCGAAAGGGAGACCGGAUAUGGCAAAUCGCAUUCGGGUCAGGUUUUAAAUGUAACAGCGCCGUUUGGCGUGCUUUGAAGAAUAUUGAUUCGGGCAUGGAGAAGAACCCAUGGAUGGAUGAGAUCCACCAAUUUCCUGUGCCACUCUGAGGAAUUAAUGGUACUCGAUGGUUUUUUUCUGGAUCCGCCACUUGUAUUUACAUGCUUGAUGUCUAAAGAAUUUUCUUCUCAAUGUGAUCCUGCACGUAAAUUAAUAAAUACGGGGUAGAAAGAAAAGAUAUUACUUUUU